AUGGUGUUUGAAAAUUUAGUUGUCUAUUUACUUGAUAAAUAUUUGGGUGAUUAUAUUGAAAAUUUAGAUACAAAAAAACUUAAAAUUGAUAUAUGGAGUGGUAAUGUUGUUUUGGAAAAUCUUUAUUUAAAAUCGAAUGCAUUGGCUGAUUUAAAUCUUCCUGUAACUGUAUCAAUUGGAUAUUUACAAAAAUUAACACUUCAAGUUCCAUGGAAAAAUUUAUAUACACAUCCAACGAAAGCAACAAUUGAUGGACUUUUUUUACUUGUUGUACCUAAAACUGAAGUUCAAUAUGAUGCGCAAAGGGAGGAGAAUGAACAACAUGAAGCUAAAAUGAAAGAAGUUCGACAAGUUGAAGAACUUCGAAAACAAAAAGAAGCUGAAAAAAAUGCCAAAGAAACUGGUAAAACUAAUGAUACAUUUGUUGAACGUAUGCAACUUCAAAUUAUUCGAAAUCUUGAAUUAUCAAUUCGAAAUAUUCAUAUUGUCUAUGAAGAUAAAUCAACUAAACCUGAUCAUCCAUUUGCACUUGGAAUAACACUUAAUUAUAUUACACUUCAUACAACAACACCAGAUGGGGAACCGACUGUACUUAAAGAAGAUACACCGUUGAUUCAUAAACUUGGUGAAUUAAGUGCCUUCUCAAUUUAUUGGAAUUCAAAUGCAAAAUCUCGGUCAGACUUACCAAGAGAUGAAGCUAUUAAUGAUCUAAGAGAGAAAAUUGCAAUUGAUAAUCAACAAGUACCAUCUGAUAUUGAAUAUAUUCUUCGACCACUUCAUGUCAAAGCAAGACUUAUAUUAACAAUGAAACCACGUCAAGAACAUUUCAAACAACCUAUGUUUGAUGUUAAAAUUGAUUUAGAUGAAAUUAGUUUAAAUAUGAGUCGUGAUCAAUAUUCAGAUUUACUUGAUCUACUUGAAUUUCAAGAUUAUCUUAUUGUUAAAUCAAAAUAUAUAAAAUAUCAAAUAAAAAAUGAUAAAGAAGAAAAAUCAAGUUUUAAAAAAUGGAAAUUUGCUUAUGAAGCGAUUGUUAAUGAAGAAAUUCGACCAAGAUUUGAAUGUUAUAAAUGGGAAAAUAUCAAAGCACAUUUAGAUCGAUGUAGAGAAUAUCGUGAGAUUCAUUUUCAAGAAUUAACGGGAAAGUUAACAAAUGAACAAAAAAAACGUGCAGAAGAAUUAGAAAAAAAACUUGAUGUUUUUAAUUUAACAUAUAUUCGUCGAAGUGCAGAAAUUGAAGCAAAACAAAAGAAACAACAAGAACCUAAAACUUGGUGGGGAAGUGUAUCAACUUGGUGGAGUGGAAAUAAACAUCCAGAUGACCCAGAACUUGAUUUAGAAAAAGUCAUGUCACCAGAAGAAAAAAAGAGACUUUAUGAUGCUAUUGGUUAUGCUGGUGAAGAUACUUCAACAUCGAGUUAUCCUGAAGAAUAUGUUGACAUCGACUUAGGAAUUCAUUUGAAUAUGCUUGACGUUAAUAUUCGGUCAAAAGUUAAUGCAAAUGAUGCUGAAUUUCGAAUUAUUGCUCGUGCUGUUAUACCUGAUACUGGUGUAAUAUUUAAACGACGACCAGCAACAGAUGCAAUAGCAAUCUUUAUUGAUUUGGGUUCAUUUCAAGUAUUUGGUAUUGCAACAGAUUCAAAACAAUCUGAAUUUUUAAAUGACAGUCGUCCUGUACUUGCUCGACCAUCAUCGUUAUCAUCUUCUCACGAACAAAAAUUAUUGCAAAUCGAAUUUGAAACAAAUCCAUUAGAUAAAGAAUCUGAUUAUCGUAUUAAAGUUAUUUCAGAAUCAUUGGAAAUAAAAUAUAAUGCUCCAACAAUUAAUAAAUUAGCAGAAUUUUUUGAACCAGAUACUCAACGAAAUUUACAAGGUGUUAAACAAGUAGCUUAUUCAACUUAUACUGAUGUUAAACAACGUUCUUAUCUAUUAAUGAAACAUAAUAUCGAAAAAAUCAAAGUUUUAGAUAUUUAUAUUGAUCUUCAAUCAUCUUAUUUUCUUUUACCUGAAAAUGGAGUUUAUAAGGAUGAUGUUGCAGCUAUUUGUAUGGAUUUGGGUCAUUUAACAUUAAAACGAGGUACAAAUAAAAAACAUAUUGAUGAAGAAUCAUUUUUAUCAAAAGCAGAAAAAAAUAUAGAAGAUGCUCGAGAAUUAUCUUACACUCGAUUCAAAUUAAAACUUGAAGAUGUUCAAUUAAUUUAUGCAAAUCGAAAUGAAAGUUGGGAACAAGCUCGAAAAGAAAAAAAUACUCGUUUACAUUUAAUCAAACCUAUGGAACUUGAAGUAGAUGUUGAUAAAUGUAUUUAUAACGAUGAUGCUGUUUUACCAGCAUGGAAAAUAGCUGGAAAUGUUCCAAAUAUAGAAUUACGUUUAUCAGAUAAACGGCUUUUUCAAAUAAUUAAUCAUAUUCAAUUAAUUCCUUUACCUGAAUCGAAACAUUCAAUUAAUGAUCAAUCUUUAAUUGUUGAAGCAGAAGCGACAACAGCACAAUCUUUACUUAGUAAUUCUGAACAAACAUAUGAAGCAGUUGAAGGAAUGACACCAGUUAAAAAAACUUUAGAUGAAUCAGAAGUUGAUGAAGAAUCCACAGAAGAUACUGAAGAAGAACAAAAUGAUGGUGAAAGACAACUUACACAAUUAGAAGCAAUAUUUACACUUGAUAGAAUUGAUUUACAUAUUGAUCAAGCAUUAGAUAGUUCCAAUGAAAAUGAUGAUAAUGGUAGACCAUUUCUUCAUCUUACACUUGAUUCAAUAAUUGCUAGAACAAAAAUCAAAACAUUCGAUAUGGUAUUUGAUGCAUCAUUAGCUGAUUUAAUACUUUAUCAUGAACACUUUAUUGGAAAAGAUAAUCAACGUUUAUGUUUAUUAUCAGCACAAAUACAUAAAAAUGAUUCGAGUGAAAUUAAUCAACAAAUUCAACAAUUAGUUAGUAUAAAUUUUCUUCAUACAACACGAGAAAAUCCAUUAUUUUCAUCAUCAUAUUAUAAUGGAAUUGAAAAUAAAGCUUAUGUUCAUUUUUCAAAACUUGUUGUUAUUUUACAAUUAGAAGCACUUUUAUCAAUAUUAAGAUUUCAAGAUGCAUUAUCGAAAAAAAUAUCUAAAGUUAUAUUAGAUAAUGAUGUGAAAAAGAAAGAUGAAGAAAAGAAAGAACAACAACAACAAUUAAAAUUACCAGAAGAAAAUAAAUUAUUUGGAAGAUCUUCAUCUACUUUUGGAAAAGUGAUUAAGAAAAAUGAUGUUCCAGUUACACCUACGCUUAAAAUUAAAGCUGAUUUAGAAGAAGUUCGAGUAAUAAUUGCAUCGCAAGUAACUCAAUUGUUUGAUGUUCAAGUUCAAGGUGUUAAAGCUGAUGUAUCUCGAGCAUCAGAAACAACAAUAGUCAAUUUAAUUCUUUCAGAUUUACGUGUUUUUGAUCCAUAUGAAGGUGCACGAUAUCGAAAAAUUGUUUCUCAACAAGGCGACGAUAAAGAAUUACUUCGUGUUACUGUAUCUUUAUUUGAUUAUCCUGAAGAUUAUGAAAAACCAGUUGAUGUUGUCGAUUGUGAUGUUAAAGUUCAAUUUGCUAAAGCAAAUAUUAUUUUUCUUUUUAAACAUAUCGAUGCAAUUUUGAUGUUUCUUGAUUCAUUAAAUUUAACCAAAGAUGCAUUGGAUUUAGCAUCAGCACAAGCCGAUGCAGCUUAUGAACAAGUACAAAAAUUACAAAAACAAGCAUUUAAAGUUCAUCUUGAUAUAACAUUUAAUGCUCCAAAUAUAAUCAUUCCAACAAAUUCAUAUUCUGAUGAAGCACUUUUAUUUGAUUUAGGUAAAUUAACAUUAAAAACACGUUUUUAUGAUGAUCCAAAACGAUCACUUCUUGAACAACAAAAUAUUCGAUUGGAAAAUGUUCUUGCUAGUCGUGUUAAACUUAGUAGUGAACAUGGUAUUCUUGGUGAAGUUAUUUUACUUGAAUGUGCUGAAUUAAAUACAUUAAUUAAUCGUUUACUUUAUCCAGAAAAAAUAAAAACAGAACCAGAAGUUUCAAUUAAAGUUGAAUGGGAAUUAGUUCAUUUUAAAUUAGCAAAAGGUGAUUAUACGUGUAUUAUGAAAGUUUUAAUGGAAAAUUUUACAGAAAAUAUUCGAAGUCAAAUAUUGGAAAAUGAUCAAAUUGAAAAAUAUCAUUAUAGAGAAGAAGAACGAGAAAAAGAAGAAGAAGCUUUAAGAGAUGCUGUUAUUAAAAGAUACAAAGAUGCUCUUGGAGAUGAUAUAUUACAAACAGUUAAACUUCGAGCAGAAGUUAAGAAAUUAGCAUUGACACUUUAUCUUGGAGAAUCUGAUUUGACUGUUCGUCGUGCUCCACGUAAUGAAAAUCUUAAAUUAGCUAAUGUUGAAAUCGAAAUGUUAGAAGCAUUAUUUCGUCAAUUAUCAGAUACAAGUUAUAAAGCCAUGGCACGUGUUAAAAAUAUUUUACUUGAUGAUUUACGUGCAACAAAUAAGUCAACAAGUGUAACACGUAUGAUUGAUAGACAUUUUACAGUUGAUCCAGAUACUCAAAUGUUUAUUGGUUCAUUUGAUUUUAAACCAAAAGAUUCAUCAAAUCCAAUGGCAGUUCGACAAUUAAGUGCACAACUUGAAAGUCUUUAUAUUUGUGUUAGUUUGGAUUAUUUAAUGAUAUUACAAGAUUUUUUUAUAGCUGGUUUGCCAACUGGUGUUAAUAAAAAUGUAUCAAGCUCUAAUACAUCAAUAUCAACUAAAACAGAUCAAAGAGCAAGUCGGCCAUCAACUGUAGUUCAAAAACUGUCAACAUCACUAUCAAAAGCUUCUGCACCUCAAUCUCCAAAUUUAUUAAGUGAAGAUGAAGAAGUUGAAACACACGUCGAUGUCAUUGUUAAAAAUCCUGAAGUUAUUUUACUUGAAGAUCAACAUAAGUUAAAUUCCAAUUGUCUUGUACUCGAUUUAGCUUUACAAAUGCGUAUGAUUAAUGUUGGUGAAGAUACAAAAUUAUAUGGUUGGUUAAAAGAUUUAACAGUUUAUAGUUCAAAUUUUGCUGAAUUAAAAGAUUCAAAAAAUUCACAGUCAAAAAUAAAAUAUCGCAUUUUACAACCAGCUAAAGCUGAUAUUAUUAUGAUUAUGAAUGAUAAACAACAAAAAUUUGAUCUACGAAUUUCGGAUAUUAUUGUUAGUAUUGCACCAGCAGCAGUUCGAACAUUAAUUGCUGUUACAAGUUCAUUAGGAACACUUCAAACAACAGUUCCAGAAAAAGAAAAAGUUAAUGUCAAAACAUUAUUUAAUCCAAAACCGUUUAAAGAUGCGAAUUUUUGGUUUACAAAAGAUAGUGAAGAAAACCAAAAAGAAUUAGAAACAGUUGAUAUAUUAGAAACUGUAACAGGUUUACCAUCACAACUUAAAGAAGCUAAAGAAGAAGAAAAGAAAAGAAAAGAAAAUGAAGAAAAUAUGGAAAUAGAAAAACCAUUGAUACAACAACUAAUUUUAACAUUGGAAACAAUUGAAGUUAAACUUGAAGUUGGUUUAGGUUCAAUUACAAAAUCUGUUGUUGCUAUGUGUUUAUCAAAUUUAACUGCUGAUGUUAAAAAUUGGUCAUCGGAGUUAAGCCUUUCAUCGACUGUUAAUGUUGAAGCGGCAUUAUUUAAUGAACAUAUACUUACUUGGGAACCACUUAUUGAACCAACAAUUAAUGAAACUGGAAGUGUUCUUUCACCAUGGUGUAUUACAUGUUCUAUUGUACCUUUGAGUUAUGAAGAAGCCGAAGAGAUCAGAAGUGCUUAUCAAGUAUUAACAUAUGUUAAAAAUGGAUCAGUUGUAAUCGAUGAACAAGAACGAAAAGAAGGUAUUCCAUCAUCAGAUUCUAAACAAAUAAUAACUAUUCGUGCUGAUCGAUUACUUAAUAUAACAAUAACAAAAGCUGGCAUUAAUUUAAUUCAACGUUUAUCAGGCUUAUUUAAUGAUGUUUAUAAUAAACGAUUACCAUUUACUGAUGAUGAAAUUGAUCAACCGAUGUUAUCUGUAUUGAAUGGAACAGGACAAGAAAUAACCAUUGCUCAUUUAGAUGGUGUUGAAAUUGCCAAAAACACAUCAUUAACAUCAAUUAAUCUAAAACAUAAUGAAUCUAUUCCAUUAGUCGUACUAAAUGAACGUCAUUCAACAGCAAGACUUUCAGUUAUUGAAGAACAAAAUUUAAUACGACGACAAGAAUUUUCUGUUCAAAUUGGAGAUGUUAUUAAAACUGUUAGCAUAAAUCGAACAUGGCAACGUGUUUACAAUUUAGGUCAAUCAUCAAAUCCAAAUUGGCCAAUUGAAAUGCUUUGUGAUACACAAAUACGAAAUGAUCGUCGACAUGUUAUUCUUAGUUCAAUUAUUAAAGUUUAUAAUAAUACAACAAUGCCAUUAGCAAUUAUAAGUAUUGAUUCACUCAAUACAAGACAAAGUCAAAAAGUUACAACAAUUCAUGUUAACGAAGAAUACCAUGUACCGAUUAAUUUGCUUUAUGCACAUUCAAGUUCACUAAUAUUUAUUGCAAUUGAUGAACAUGAAAAUAAUGAAGAAAUAAAUGAUUUUUUUUCAUUUGAUUGGGAAUUAGAAUAUACUUCAGAAAGAAAAUUAAAAUUAACAAAUGGAAAAGAAGCACAUUUUACUGUUUUUAAAGAAGUGAAUACAGCUUAUUCAGAAAAUACUGAUCAACUUGAUCGAUCUACAUUUAAUAUUUAUAUUUAUCCAGCUCUUCAUUUAACUAAUCUUUUACCGAUGGAUAUUCAAUGUUCAGUUGAUAAUGUUGAACAAAUUAAUUUAAAACCAAGUGAAUUAAAUUCAAUUACGUUUGGCAGUAAACAUUCCACAUUAACUUUCAUUAUUCCAUCUUAUGCUAAUAUAAAAUGGAUAUCAGAACCAGUUGAUUUAAAUGUUGAAGGAAAGGGUGAUCGUAAUGAACACCUUGUUAGAUUUCAUAAUAGUACUUCUUCGAAUUCUCAAGCCAUAUUGAACAUGGUUUUACGUGUUGAUUCAUUCAAUGAGUCUUAUCGUUUGUUGUUAUAUUCACCAUUUUGGGUUCUUAAUCGUACAGAAUUAAAUCUUGAAUUUCAAAUUGAAAAUAAUAGUACACUUAUUGCAGCUACUGAAACGCCAUAUUUAGUUUGUCCAGAUAAAUUUAAUAGUGGAGAAAAAAGAAAAGGACAACUCCGUCUUUAUACUACUGCACAAGGAGAUAAUGCAGCUAAUUGGUCAGAAACAUUUUCAGUUGAUGUUAUUAAAAGCACUGGUAUAACAUCUUGUAAAGUACCAAAUGAUCGAGUUUAUAUGAUUUGUGUGGAUAUUGUAACAUCUUCAUUUGGUUUAACAAAAAUUAUUACACUUUCACCAUCAGUAGUUAUUAUGAAUAAAUCAACUGUUGAAAUCGAAAUAGUAGAAACAGUAUCGGAUAAAGAACAAGAUAAAUGGGGACCAGUCAAUCCUGAACAAGUAAUUCCAUUUUGGCCACAUAAUAUACAAAAUGGUUUAAUGCGUGUUCGUUAUACACAUAAUCGUGUGACAUCACGUCCAUUUUUAAUGAAUGAAAAACAUCGAACACUUUUACAUAUGGAAGAUACAGAACGUCCAGCAAUUUAUGUUGAAGUAACAGCAACUGAUUUUGAUGGUGUGAGAGUUAUUUUUGGAGAUUAUAAAAUUGGUGAUGCACCUGUUCUUCUUGUUAAUUGCUUAAAAGAUGAGUCGAUUGCAUUUUCUCAAGCUGAUGAUAUACAAGCAAUAACUUUACCACCACAACAUUAUGUUUAUUAUACAUGGUUGAAUCCAUUAAAAGCAAGAACAUUAAGUGUUAAUUGUAAUGAAAGUAAAGCAGAGCUUGGACUGAAUCCGCAAUGUGGUUUUCUCAAAAAAGAUAGUGAACAUAAUAUUAACUAUGCUAUGUUUAUGGAUGGUAUUCAAACUGUUUUACUUAUUUCUGAUGAUACAAAAAUUAUUGCAGCAGCUUCUGGAAUGCCAGCAUUAGCUGAAGCAAUGGGUCAACGUCUUCAAAUUGGUAUUCAUGAUAUUGGUAUAUCAAUUGUUAAUGAUGUAACUCGAGAAGAAAUACUUUAUAUAAGUUUAAAUAAAUCAAAAGUUAUUUGGACAGAAACAAAACGAUGUCAUGUUCGACCAUUAUCACAUAAUCUAAAUAAAAAUUUAGAAGAACUUUAUAAAUCUUAUGUUGAAGAAUGUGAAACUAAUCCAGAUAAUAAAAGUAUUCAAAGAAAAAAAUAUCAUGUGGAAGAAUUUCAAGAAAUAUCAUUUUCUGAUAAUAAAGCUGAAUUAGUUAAUUCAAAAGGACAAAGAAAAUCAGUUAAACGGCAAGCAUUAGAUGGUUUUUGGAUUGAAUAUGGAUGGUCAGUAACAAAUACUGCAUUACAUGUACGUAUUAAUCGUGUACAAAUUGAUAAUCAACUUGAUUAUACAAUAUUUCCUGUUAUUCUUUAUCCAAUUAUAUCAAAAACAACAAGUCCGGAACUUUCAGACAAACCAUUUAUUGAAUUAAGCGUUUAUGAAUCUAAAACAACUCAAUCAAAUGUAAUGCAAUUUAAAUAUUUUAAAUUACUUAUUCAAGAAUUUGCUGUUAAAAUUGAUCAAGGUUUAAUUGUUGCACUUUUAGCAUUUAUUCAAUCAGAAAAGAUUUCAGCAGCACCAACAGUAAAUAUGGAAACCGAUUUAGAACAAAUACAGAAACCACUUACUGCUAUUAUUAAAGCACAGACAGAUGCUCCAUCUGGUGAAACAGAAAUGGUUUUCGAUAAUAUACAUUUAUCACCGCUUAAAAUUCAUGUUAGUUUUUCAAUGCAUGGAUCAAAACCAAGUGAAGCAUUAUUAGCUACAUAUCCAUUAGUUGGAUUUUUAUUACGAACAUUAAAUGUUGCUGAAGUACAAGAUGUUAUCUUACGUUUGGGUUAUUAUGAACGAACAAAUGAUCGAUAUACAACAACAAGAUUAACAAAUGAAGUUUUAUCACAUUAUCAAAAUCAAUUUAUGAAACAACUUCAUGUACUUGUAUUGGGUCUUGAUGUACUUGGAAAUCCCAUUGGUGUUAUUCGUGGUCUUGCUGAAGGUGUUGAAUCAUUUUUUUAUGAACCAUAUAAAGGUGCAAUCGAAGGUCCAAUGGAGUUUGCUGAAGGCGUUGUAACUGGUGUUCGAACAUUAUUUGGUUCAGCUGUUGGUGGUGCUGCUGGUGCUUUUUCAAAAAUAACUGGUGUACUUGGAAAAGGUUUGGCUACAUUAACAUUUGAUGAAGAUUAUAAAGUUUCACGUAUGAAACGACAAGAACCAGCAACUAAGGGAAGGACUGAGAUUGCUAUUGAAGGAAAAAAUGUUGUUAUGGGUUUCGUUGAGGGUGUUAAAGGAGUUGUAACUAAACCAGUAUCAGGUGCAAAAGAAAGUGGUGCUUCUGGUUUUGUUAAAGGUUUAGGAAAAGGUUUUCUUGGUCUUGUUACAAGACCAACAGGUGGAAUUGUUGAUUUUACAAGUACUUCGUUAGAUUUACUUAAACGAACUGCACAACAAGAAGACAUUGUACGUCGUGUUCGUUAUCCACGUCAUGUUGGUCGUGAUGGUCUUGUUCGACCUUAUAUCCCUCAUGAAGCUAUGGGAUUUUAUAUUUUAAAUAGAUUACAAGAAGGAAAAUAUGCCAAAUCGGAUACUUAUAUUGCACAUAUAACUUGUACAGAACAUCCAUUAUCUUGGUUAAUGGCAACAUCGAGACGUUUAUUAUUUAUAACGGAAAUUUCAUUUCUUGGUUUAUAUGAAACUGAUUGGGAAAUUCCAUAUGAAGAAUUAAAAGAAGAACCAAUCGCAAAACCAAAUUUAGGUCAAAUACAAAUUCUUACAAAAGAACCACAAAAAACUGGAACAAUUAGAUCAGCUCUUUCUUAUGGUAAAAUGGUCAAAUAUCGAAAUAUAUCUGAAGCUCGAUAUAUUAUUGAAAAAAUAAUUUAUGCAAUGCAUACAGCAGCUGCCAGUCUUUCAACUGCGCCACUGUUUUCCUUGUCUGCACCCAUAUUAUCUGUUGAAAAAGAGCAUUUGUCGUCCUAUAUUCAAUAUAAAUUUGACGAAAAUCAUCAUUAUCGACCAUCAUUAGUCAGUUUUUUGCAUCGACAACCAGACGGUUCUCAAUUGGCAACAAUACGUUACUAUCGAAUUGUCUUCCAUUGUAAUAUUUUACCUGGAUCUCUCUAUCUUCGAUUUUCCAAAACAAAACCUUAUCGUACUGUUGUUCAAAAUCGACAAGAUCCUUCAACUAUUUUUGGCUUUCGAUCAGUGGGUGCCUACAGUCGUGUUCAAAUUCAAAAUCAUAUAUCUAGCGUAUGGUUAUGUAUGAAUGAACAAGGAAAAAUAGUGCCAAAAUUAAAUAUCACGGUAGAUAAUCUUGCGUGCACAUUUCGUCAAAAUUCAGAUGGUCCCUAUUUGAAACUUAUCUCUGAGCUUUAUCCGUCGCGUCAAAUGUUCUUUAAUACACUUCGUCUCUUAUCAUUAAAUCCUAUACUUCGCCGUCGUUAUGCUCAAUAUAUGACAAAUGGUAAUAACUUUUUCAAACGUGAACGAUGUAGUCGAUUCAUAUUCGAUAGACAAAUCGAUAAUGCAUUAUUGAAUCGAACAAUAGAUCCAUUUCUUCGAUUGAGACGUUAA